GGCGAAGCCUGAGGCCUGGCUGGGGCCUGCUCGCCAGCCGCUACUGCCGCCGCCGCCGCGAUGCCGCACGGCUUCAAGGCCGGGGACCUCGUCUUCGCCAAGAUGAAGGGAUACCCGCACUGGCCGGCCCGGAUUGAUGAUAUAAUUGAUGGUGCAGUGAAACCACCACCCAACAAGUAUCCCAUUUUCUUCUUCGGCACCCAUGAGACGGCCUUCCUCGGCCCAAAGGACCUGUUCCCUUAUGAGAAGUACAAGGACAAAUACGGGAAGCCCAACAAGCGGAAAGGCUUCAACGAAGGACUGUGGGAGAUCCAGAACAACCCACAUGCCAGUUACAGCGCACCCCCGCAGCCUGUGAGCUCCUCUGACAGCGAAGUUGCCGAUAUUGACCCCAUGGGUGGCGGUGGCGGCGGAGGCAGUGAUGCUGCGGAAGAGGAAGAUCCUGCUCCACGGGUGGCCAGCACAGUGGGGCUGGCGGUGGAGAAGGCAGAGAGCGACGAGGACUCCGACAAAGGCAGCGGUCACAGUGGCAUAAAGCGGAAGUCAAUAGCCAUGAAACUUCCAGCAGCAAAACGGCCUCGCAAGUCAUCCAGUGACAUUGACCAGGCCAGUCUGUCUCCCUCUGAGGAGAACUCAGAAAGCUCUUCUGAGUCUGAGAAAUACAGUGACCAGGAUUUCACUCCCGAGAAGAAACCCCCACCGAGGGCUUCACGGCGAGCACCUGCUGGUGGGUGGAAGAAAAAGAAAAUUGACUCUGGCUCUGAGUUGGAGGCCCUGGCAGACUCGGAGGAGGAGGAGGAGGAGGAGGAAGAGGAGGAGGAGGAGGAGCGAGAGAACGCCCAGGCUCCCAUGCCCAGGUCUGAUUCCGACUCAGAUGAAUCUGUCAAGAAGCCUUCCCGGGGACGGAAGCCUGCGGUAGAAAAGCCACCCCCAAAACCUCGUGGCAGGAAACCGAAGGUGGAGAGGCUGCCCAGCAGCUCCAGCAGCGACAGCGACAGCGACGUGGACCGCAUCAGCGAAUGGAAGCGGCGCGACGAGGAGCGCCGGCGGGAGCUGGAAGAGAAGCGGAAGCGUGAGCAGGAGGAGGAGCUGCGCCGGCUGCGGGAGCAGGAGCGGGAGGAGAAGGAGCGGAAGAAGGAAAAGGCCGAUAAGGGAGAGGUGGAGCGCUCGGACGGCGAGAGCAGUCCAGACGACGAGGUCCCCCGGAAGAGCAGGAAGGGGCGGCCCAAGGCCCCCUCGGACUCUGAUUCGGAAGCAGAGAAGGAGGUGAAAAAGCCAGCAAAGAAGCAUUCUUCUGAACUCUCAAGGAAACUGAGUCAAAAAGAAAAGAGGGGCCCGGGAGAUGACAAACCCCGGAACAAAGCUCUGAAAGUGGAGCGAGGCAGGAAAAGGUCAGAUCUACUCCCAGAAAGGAGGGUGGAGAAGAAAAAAGAGCCCACGAUUGAGGAGAAACUCCAGAAGUUGCACAGCGAGAUUAAGUUUGCUCUGAAAGUUGAUAACCCGGACAUCAAGAGGUGCCUCAGCGCUCUGGAAGAGCUUGGCAGCCUGCAGGUCACCUCUCAGAUCCUCCAGAAGCACACCGAUGUCGUGGCCACUUUGAAAAAGAUCCGACGUUACAAAGCAAACAAAGACGUGAUGGAGAAGGCGGCAGAGGUCUACACGUGCCUGAAGUCCCGCGUCCUGGGCCCAAAGGUCGGGACAAACCAGAAAAUCAACCGGACCAAUUCUGAGAAGGACAAAGGGGAAGAGGACAACGGGAAGGAGAAGCUGCCUGAAGGAGAAACGCCAAAUGAGAAGGGCAAAGAGGAGACGAGUGCUGAUCUCCCAGCCCCUGUGAAUGGAGAAUCAGCAGCCCAGAAGGGGGAAGGCGGAGUGGAGAACAAGGAUGGGAGUGAAGACUGGACUUCCGGAGAGGUUAAGAGAGGAGCAUCCCCCAAAGAUGCCCACAACGAAGCGCAAGAGUAUCCUGGGAUGGACCGGGCAGUGGCCGAGCGGGAGAAGACUCGCGUGGAGUCGGACUCGGCCGACGAAGACGACGAAAGCUGAGGCCAAAGGAAAGCCCCCAGGAGAGAUUGGCCCCGACUUCUGGCUCUCCGGCAGAGGCCGUGGGCCUAGCCUCUGCUUUGCCCUGUGUUCCAGAGCUUCCCCGAGCCACACAGUAGAUGACUUUCUAGGUCACGUUCCCAUUCCCUCGUGCCCUCCUCUUUCUCGCUCUCGCUCGCUCUCCACCUGCCUUUUCCUCCCUCCUCUCCCUUGCUCUCGAGAAAAUUGCAGACUUCAGAGGCAACCCCACACAACUGUAGGUUUGUACCAGUCCCAUGUUUUUUGGGCUCCUCGCACCCCUUCCAGCCUUGACGCUUGUGAUUUCGACAGACAUGAACAUAUAAAGGGUUGUUUUUUUUUAAUGAAAAAGGCCAUUCAUCUUUGUCAAAGCAGUUUAAGUUUUUUUCUCUUUUCUCUCCUGCUCAGCCCCUCCCUUUCGUGAGCAAGGAACGAGAGGGUUGCGGGACAACGGUGGUGGUUGGCGCAUACCGCCUUUGUGUUCUCAGGCACCUGUUUUCCAGGGCACCACCGGUAAAGUGCCAGACCUGCAGGGUUGCUGUUCCUCAGCAAGUUGGUCUUCCCUGCAGCCGAGAGCUGCCUCACUUUCCCAGUUCUCACUUGGGCUGAGGGAACCCGGUUCCCACCUGAAGAGCUCCUUCUGGCAGGGCUGGGGCCAUGUCCUGGAGGCCAAGCCAGCCGCUGUCUUCCUACCUACCACUUGCGCAGUAUGGUUGGUUCUUCCUCCCCUGCCCCCUUGUUCCCCGCUUUGCUGUCACUUCAGACGCGCCCCUCUCCUGCCAGGAUAGGCAAGCCCUGCAGCGGUUGCUGCGGCUGCGUGACUCCCGCUUUGUGGGCGUUGGCAUCCAGGGCAAGCAGAAGUGCUGGGUCACCACUGGGAAGGCAGAGUCGGACUCCAGCAUCUGCUCACGAGAGUGCCUUCUUGCUGGAGCCACACCCUGCGUCCUUUGCAGGAUUCCACCGAGUAGGGGCAGCCUGCAGAGAGCUUUGAGGGCGUCAGCCUUGUCCAUCGGGACGAUAGAGGGGGGGCGCCUCCAUGGUCCUGCCACCGUGUGGUCUGUGCUGCUGGAGGCUCCCUGCACGCGGAAAUGUUGGGCGCACGCCAGUGCGGGUUUCUUGCUUGCAGGGGGAGCCUUUGUAAAACGUCCCCGCGGUGACACAGGCUCUCUUGCCACCUUGAGGUCUCGUUCUGCUUCAGCCAGGGGUGGGCAGGAAGCAGAUCUCCAGGCACUCUGGGCUUCAGCUUCCGGCUGCACCCUGGGAGCUGAGGUCCAAAGUCUUGAAGGCCACCCUGGUGUGGAUCAGCUCUUCUUGCUGGCCACCCAUCACGAGCAGUUGCACGAAAACAGCCCGGAAGGAGCAUGCAGUGCUUUGCCCCCAAAUCUGAAAAAGCGGCAGAAACUUCCUUUCAGCCACGUUUUGUAGUUUGGCUUGGGAAGGCUCAGAGACUUUGGGGGAGGGUGGGAAUGGCUCCAGUUAAAAUUGCACUCUGGCUGCAGAUGCAAAGACGGCCUGUUUUCUGUGUGUCUUCUCUGUGUCUCCUGCCCAUGUUUUCCCAUUUGCUUCGCAUACCCGCUUUUGUUUCCAAGUUUUUCUAUAUUCUUCUUGUCCAGCUGCUCCCAGAAUGCACCGGGGCACUCCAUGAGUGCUGACUGGUUGCUCAGUCAUGCCUUCGUUUGGAACUUGAGAAUUGUGAAGUUCAGCGCGUGGCUUUGUUUGUUUUUUACUUUCUUUGCUUAGGGUAGUGGAGUUGGCUUUUUGCAGCACAACGGGGUGUGGGUUUAAGGAUUUGUCACCAAAGCAGACUUCUUCUGAAGUGCUUUGGCCAGGAGGAAUCCAGGUAGAAGAAGAAACGGGCAAAAAUAUUGGCAAAGUUCAUGGAAGAAUAUGAAGAUAUUAUUUUGUUUUUGGUAACCAUGAAAUAAAGAUGUUCCAAUCUGACAA